AUGGGUUUCCUUUCGGGUGGCAAGAACGAGCAUCAAGGGCGUCAGAUCAAUGCGUACAACAUCUUUGUCCUGCUCCUGUUGGGAUUUGGUUCGAUCACGUAUGGAUACUCUGCAUCGAUCAUUGCAACCACUCUGGGACAACCGUCGUUUCUCGAGUACUACGCAUUGGAGACUCGACCAGGUGGGCUGAGUCUGGAAUCCUGCACGAAUGGACUUUUCUUCGCCGGCGGGGUCAUUGGACCGCUGUUGCUUCCAUGGGUUGCAGACAAGUAUGGGAGAAGGGCCAGUAUCGCAUUGGCGGCGACGCUGUGUCUCAUCUCCGGAGCAAUCAUGGCAGGUAGCACGAACAUCGGCGAAUUCAUCGUGAUGCGUUUUGUCUCAGGACUCGGCACGAUGAUGAUGCUGGCGGCAAUUCCGUUAUUGAUGAAUGAGAUUGUCCCAAACAGCAUGCGUGGCGGUUUGGUUGAAUUGCACUCCAUCUUCUUCAUCCUUGGCUACGCCAUUGCUGCCUGGGUGGGGUUUGGCUUCUUAUUCUGGAAGAAGGGGGGUGUCGACAACACCUGGAGACCACCACUCGCAUUGCAGAGCGGGUUUGCGCUUCUGACCUUGAUCGCUCUAAUCUGGGUCCCGGAGAGCCCGCGAUGGCUGAUCCUGCAAGGACGUGUCGAAGAGGCGGAACGAAUACUCACUCGCCUGCACAGCGACCCGCGCGAUCCAGACAAAGCGUACGCCAAGGCCGAGUUGUACCAGAUCAAGAAGCAGAUUGUGAUUGACCGGACACUGGGGAAUUCCUGGUUGGACAUUAUCCGCAAGCCAUCGUAUCGAAAACGCGCACUUAUCGGAAUGGCCACUUGCGGUUUUAUCCAAUCUUCGGGCGAUCUCGUCAUUAACAACUACGGGCCCACGCUUUAUCGACUGCUGGGGUUCUCAGUUGUCAAACAGCUGUUGUAUCCAGCUGCUUGGCUGACGUUUACGCUCGGCGUGUCCGUCAUUGCGAUGCCUCUGAUUGACCGAUUUCCCCGGAACAUCUACAUGGCGGUCGGCUUGUGGGGUUGCAUGUGUUGUUUGAUUGUGGAGGCGGCACUCACGGCGGAAUUCGUGCCCUCCCACAACACUGCUGCGUUGAGUGCAGCUGUGGCGAUGUUUUUCGUUUUUCAGAUCUUUGACACUGCCAUGUUGAACGCACCGGAAUGGGCGUUCUUGGGAGAAAUCUUCCCCACGCACAUCCGCGCAAAGGGAAUGUGCGUGUCGAUUUCGAUGGUGUCGCUGACGAAUGUCGUGUACCUUCAGGCCGCGCCAGUUGCAUUCGCCAACAUCGGCUGGAGAUACUAUCUCGUCUUCAUCAUUCUGACCUUCAUCGGCGGAUUCGUAUUCCUCUUCACCUUCCCGGAUACCCGCCGGCUGCCGCUGGAAGAAAUUGCGGCUCUGUUUGGCGAUGCUCAUGAGGUCGCCAUCUAUCAUCAAGAGAUUGAGGUUGACAACGAGACUCAUACCGUGAUUGAUCAUCAUAAUGAGUUCUCAGAUGAGAAGAAUACGGAUCUGCAGAAAGAGUAGCGC